AACAUUAAAAGUCAAAACCCUACUUAUUAUUAUUAUUCUUAUUAUACUGUAUUCGACGAUUCAAAAAUUUGUCUAUUAAGCUUAAAAUAUCAGAAGGGAUUGAAUAUCGGUGAUGUUGGGCGCUUUAAGGAGAAAAGUUGCGAUUGGAGGCUCGUCAGCCUCGGUAUUAGGGAAAGCGAUUCGGCCAGGUAUUUCAGCAUCUAGAGUUUCUGUCAAUGUUGGAGAAGAGAUUCUAUUACUUCAGCCUAGAGGAAUUGCCCAUGUCCGUAACUUUUCUCAUCUCAUUCUCCCAGGUUGUUCUGUUGGUUUAGCAAAGACAAGGGAUGUCUUUUCUAGCAUUCAGUCAGAGACUAUCAUGCAAAAGUCAUGCAGGGCUUUCUCUUCUGGAGGGGGGGAUCUGGUCGAUGUUGUUGUCCCUUUUAUGGGAGAAUCAAUUAGUGAUGGCACUUUAGCAACAUUCUUGAAAAAACCUGGUGAUUCAGUAGCAGCUGAUGAACCAAUUGCUCAAAUAGAAACAGAUAAGGUAACAAUUGAUGUUGUCAGUCCCCAAGCUGGUGUGAUACAAGAGUAUGUAGCAAAGGAAGGAGAUACUGUGGAAGCAGGUGCCAAGAUUGCUGUCAUUUCUAAGUCUGGCGAAGGAGUAGCACCUGCUGCUCCUGCUGAAAAGAAAUCAGAAAAAGCUGCUUCCAAGCCAUCUCCUCCAGCUGAAUCUGUGAAGGAAGAUAAGCCAAAAGCUAAAGUUGAAGCUUCUCCUGCUGCUGAGAAGCCUAAACCCCGUUCUUCUCCACCUCCCAAGCAAACUGCUACUGAACCUGUACUUCCACCGAAGGAAAGGGAAAGAAGAGUUCCAAUGACAAGGCUUAGGAAACGGGUUGCUACACGAUUGAAAGAUUCCCAGAAUACUUUUGCAAUGUUAACAACGUUCAAUGAAGUUGACAUGACUAACUUGAUGAAGCUCCGAUCUGAUUACAAGGAUGCUUUUGUUGAGAAACAUGGUGUCAAGUUGGGAUUUAUGUCGGGAUUUGUUAAAGCUGCUGUUAGUGCACUUCAACAUCAGCCUAUUGUAAAUGCUGUAAUCGAUGGGGAUGAUAUUAUUUAUAGAGAUUAUGUAGAUAUCAGCAUUGCUGUUGGUACUCCAAAGGGGCUUGUCGUUCCGGUAGUCCGUGAUGCUGACAAGAUGAAUUUUGCUGAGAUAGAGAAAACAAUCAACAACCUUGCUAAGAAAGCAAAUGAUGGGACCAUUUCAAUUGAUGAAAUGGCUGGAGGCUCAUUUACGAUAUCCAAUGGUGGUGUCUAUGGCAGUCUUUUGAGUACCCCCAUCAUCAACCCUCCUCAGUCGGCGAUCUUGGGCAUGCACUCAAUCGUGUCCCGACCAAUGGUUGUUGGAGGUAAUGUAUUGCCGAGACCAAUGAUGUACAUUGCACUCACUUAUGACCAUAGGCUGAUUGAUGGAAGAGAAGCAGUCUUCUUUUUACGACGUAUCAAGGAUGUUGUCGAAGACCCUCGGAGGCUGCUACUCGAUGUCUAAAAGGCCUAAAUAGCAACUGCCGUGAUAAUUUUCAUGCUUUUUUUUCCGGCACACUUAGCAUUGGAUGUAUAUCUCCUAUCUAAAUGAACACGAAUAAAUGCCUGAAGUUUUGCAGGGUUUCAUUUGUUGAUUCACCCGUAAACGAGUUCCAAAAUCGCGGCUGGCCAUCGUUGAACUGUUCUCGAGUUUGCUGAUGUGGCAACUAUGGUGUUCUUUCUAUUUUGCACUAAGUUGUUUGAAGUUCCGGUAUAGAAAGGGUGGGCAUAGUACCACUGCUAGCUUAAUGUAUUACCCAUAAAUCAAACAUUUGUGACACUUUUAAAUGUGAAAAAAAAAAAUCAGACAUGGACAGUUUGAAAUUA